CUUACCAGAAAUGAGCUCUGCAGCAGGAUUUGACACAAAAAGUGAGCAAUGCAAGUUGACAUGCAAGUUGACACGCAGGUUUGAUGCUUGGCACAACAGCAUCCACGUUCAGGAGCAGUGAUUCUGGCAGACAAACGCGGUAAGCACAAUAACUUUAAACCUUUUUAAAAUGUUUAACCGCCAUUUUACUAGACGCCUUUCAUCUCUCUUACACCUACACACACAGUGUGUAGUCGAGGAUUAUGUGUGCCAGGGGUGUGUGUGUGUGUGUGUGUUUGUGUGUGUACACAGGAAGUAAGGGUCGUCAUGGUUGUCAAAGCUUGUGGUUCCGUAUGGUGAGAUGUGGUUUAAAAGAGAUCACAGGAAUUUGGUCUGAGUAGGAGCAAGUUUGUGACAUUCAUAGAAGAAUAAAAAAAAACUUUGUUACAGACGCCGUUCAGGCAUGACUCAUAAGUGAUGAUUGGAUUUGAAAGGUUCGACUUAAAGGGCAGGAAAGUCCAGCAACUUCUCUGAAUUCCCUCCAAUUCAAGUGUGAAUUACUUCUUCUUCUUCUUUGGUUUCGUCAGUGCAAACAUGUUCUCUGUGGCACAGGCACAGUUCAGUCCUCCCAAUGGGACAUUGCAUCUAUCAUAAUAAAAAGGAAACUGUCCCUGGAAGAUUUGUGAUUGGAAAAUCCAAUCAGGAGUCGAUAGAUCUCGUUGUUGACACUCAUUAUGAACACAUCAGGGGACGAGCGCCUCUACGAGCUCUACUCGGAGGAUGAUAAUUACACCUGCGAUGAGGAUUGGGGUCCAGAAUUGCCGGAUGGCUCCACGGUCAUGCUGGUUCUUUACUACGUGGUGUUUUGUCUAAGUGUGAUAGGCAACACCACGGUGCUCUGGGUUCUCCUCCGGUACAUAAAGCUGAAGACCAUGACGGACGUAUGCCUCCUCAACUUGGCCCUGUCUGACCUCAUUCUGGCUAUAACCCUGCCCCUCUGGGCCUACAAUUACCCAAGCGUGGCGGCAUGCAGACUGAUGACAGGAGGCUAUCAGCUGGGUUUCUACAGCGGGAUGUUGUUUGUGACCCUGAUGAGCGUGGACCGCUACCUGGCCAUCGUCCACGCCGUCGCAGCCAUGCGGGCCCGGACACUUCGCUACGGAGUCAUAGCGAGCAUCACCAUCUGGGUUAUCUCUGUCAUCAUGGCACUACCUGGGGUGACAUUCGCUUCUUUGGAGAGGAACGACGACGACAACAGCUCCGAGUGCCACCCGCUGUACCCAGAGGACAGGCAGCGUUUUUGGAAGAUACUGCGAAACUUCAGCGAGAACACAGUGGGCCUCUUCGUGUGCCUCCCCAUCAUGAUUUUCUGCUACGUGAAAAUCCUGGUCGUGCUGUCCAGGUCCAGGAACGCCAAAAAGGAUCGAGCUGUGAAGCUAAUAUUCAUCAUAGUGUGUGUGUUUGUGGUGUGCUGGGUCCCCUACAACGUCACGGUUUUCCUUCAGACACUGCAGCUGGUCCUGGACGUCCUGGACACAUGCAAGGCGUCGAAAAGCAUCGACUCGGCCGUGCACUUUGCUGAGAUCAUCGCACUGUUUCACUGCUGUGUGAAUCCAGUCAUCUACGCAUUUGUAGGGGAGAAGUUUAGGAAGUCGCUGGGCAAUGUGUUGACUAGAUCCCUCUGCUGGAGACACGAGAGCAGAGGGACGUUCAGCGCCAGAGACACCACAGAGAAAGAGACUUCCAACACACCUGUCAAAUCAGAUUAUUAAGAAGGAUAAACAGUGUUGUGAAUGUGGCGGGGUGUGAGAUGCUACUCAGAUUAUUCCUGCUAAGAACAAGGGAAUCUUUUAUUUUGAACGUGAAUUCUUCCAAUCGUGUCAACCAAAGUAUAUGUGA